AUGUUCUGGACUACUUUGCAGGCGAUGAGAGGAACCGUUGAUGUCUCGCUUUGUUUCGCCGUCUGCGUCUCGUCCCCAUCCCACUCGAUCACAUGUUUUUACCGUAGUAUGUUGCAAGCCUCUCGCGGAGUUGUUCAAUUCGGCCGUGUUGCCGUUCGUUGCAUGUCCGGUGGCGUCGGUGAUGGUGUUGGACGCGGUGGAGGUACUGGCGGAUCGAUUCGCGAUGCUGGAGGCGUUUUUGGAAAGAUGGAGGCCGCUCGUGAGGACGAAUACUUCUACAAGAAGCAAAAGGAGCAGCUUCAACAAUUGAGAGCCCACAUCGCCCAGGAGGUCGAGCACCACAAGAAUCAGCUCGACAACCAUCGAAAGGUCAUCGAGCGCCAUCAAAAGCGUCUUUCUGAGCUCGAGGCUGAGGAGCGCGCUCUUGGAAAGGAAUAA